AUGGGGAUAAGCCAAGCAGACUACCAGCAAUCAAUGUCCAUUAAACUGAUGGACGUUGAGGGUGAAAGACUCCAAGCGCUAGCUAAAAUCGAAGCUCAGAAAAAACAAGUGGCAAAAUCUUACAACAAAAAGGUGAAACAUAAAAUCUUUUUGGAAGGAGAUUUGGUGUGGAAGAUAAAACUUCCUGAGCAUGACUACAAUGACCACGUCUUUGGUAAAUGGUCUUCUAAAUGGGAAGGUCCAUCUAGAGUUCACAAAGUCAUGUCUGGGAACGCCUACUUAUUGCAAGAGUUAGAUGGGGGAAUGUUUUCAAGGGUGCUUAAUGGAAAGUUCCUAACACACGACAACCUAAGCAUGUGGGAGCGGUAUAAAAAUUUACAACAGAAGCAUCCAUAG